CAGUUGUAUUCAAUAAUUAUUUUUAUUUGAAAUAAAUGAAGUCAAUAUAAAGUAGUGCGUAGGGAUUAGCACUAUAGUGCACUUCCGAUUUCUAAAUCGAACAUCGUAUAUUGAGUAAAUUUUUUAAAUAGAAAUCUUUAUCGGUAAUCUGUAGUCUGUGUAGAUAAGGUUGAACCGCGGACGCACUCAAUCUCAGUGUAGAUUAGUACGUAUAAAUGCUUGUGUGUCUGUAAAAAUAUGAGACUUUAUUGAAAACAAUACAACCUCCUUGGUGUAAACCUUUGUUUACAAAAACACAUUGCCUCUUAGGGUGAAAAUUAAAUUACAAAAAUGGAAUCGACUGUUGUGGCGGGAAUUUUUCCAGAAUAUUUUUAUACCUUUGUUGAAGAAUUAGAUGAACAUCCAUGGUUAUUUUCUGCAUUGGCAUCAUUACUUGUUGGAUUAAGUGGCAUUCUACCCUUGCUGAUAAUUCCAAUUGAUGAGACUGCAUCAUUCAAAGACGGAGCUGGUGCUGCGACUCUUAGGAUACUCCUAAGUUUUGCUGUGGGCGGUCUUCUAGGAGAUGUCUUUUUACACUUGCUUCCCGAAGCGUGGCAACACGAUCUCGCUAGUACGAAAGAAGGCGAACACGUGUCAAUGAAAUGCGGGCUUUGGUGCCUCUUCGGUAUGCUAGUCUUCAUUAUAGUGGAGAAGCUCUUCGCAACAGUAGAAGAUGAAGAAGAAGAGCCGAAGCAGAACGGCACCAUUCGCCAUAUAGAGAUAGAAGAGAUCGAGAAGCUUCUAGAAGCUGAAAAACAAAGGGGGGGAGGAUGUGGCGGGAACGGGAAGGUUACGGCUAAGGAGCUGUAUGAUACUUGUGUGUUUAACAAUAAUACUAAAGGUGAAGGCGCGUGCUGCAGCGGGGUGGCGGCGCCCAACGGCGCCGGCCGCUGCAAGGGCUCGCGCUGGAUGGGCCGCUGCCUGCUGCGGGAAGCGCGGGAGAAGGUGCAAGCCAGCGAGAAAAGCGACAAGAAGCAUGUGGCCGGAUACCUCAAUCUAAUGGCGAAUUCAAUAGAUAACUUCACGCACGGCUUGGCUGUCGGCGGCUCCUUCCUUGUGGGCUUUAGAGUUGGUCUGCUGACCACUUUUGCUAUACUUGUACAUGAAAUCCCUCAUGAAGUGGGCGAUUUCGCGAUCCUAUUGAAAAGUGGAUUCUCGCGGUGGGAAGCGGCUAAAGCGCAAUUGGCGACUGCAUCAGCCGGUCUGGUGGGCGCCAUGACUGCGGUUAUGUUCAGCGGGGCCAGGAAUGCUAUCGAGGCGCGCACGUCGUGGAUCACGCCGUUCACGGCGGGCGGGUUCCUGCACAUCGCGCUGGUGACGGUGCUGCCCGAGCUGCUGCGCGAGCCCAGCCGCCUCGAGUCGCUCAAGCACCUCGCCGCGCUGCUCGCCGGCCUGCUCGCCAUGGCGCUGCUCUCGCACUACUUCUAGCUGCGACGAGAUACAUCAACCACUUGUGAACCAACUCCAAGUCCUCGUCUCGCAACACACCUACCUUCUACACGCGCAAAUCAACUUACAACGUACUCUCCAAGGCCUUCCUUUGUUUCUAAACACGCGAACCAACUUUAUUAAUCAUCGUUGUGGAAAGUCGAGCAUGCUUCGAGUAUUACUCCUCGACCUCCCAAUUUCAAAAAGUUUAGUAGCUGGUACUUACUGGUACAGUGUUGAGUAAAUAGUAACUCUUUGAAUGAAGACGGUUUUGAACCGGUUUGAACAUCGCGUUAGUUAACAUACCAGACCUACUAAGAGAAUUAAAUAGCAUCAAAUUGAGAGUAAAGGAUAAAUUAUUAUUUGUUUUCAAAUAACUUGUAUUCUGGCUAGCCCUGGACGCAUAUUUACUAAUAAGCAUGUCUCGCUGAAAGACUUAAAAAUUUAGUAUCCAACGUAUUAAAAGUGGUGUCGUGAAAAUAACUCUAUCCGUCUGUAACGUUUACUACUAGUAACGCUUAACAGACUUAGAAGAAACUUUGAAUAGGAUGUUAUAAUGGAAGGAUUUGAGAAUAUAAGGUUUCUAUAUUGUAUCGUGAAUCGAACCACACACAAAAAAACAACUAAAACUAAAUAUUAUGUGUUAAAAAACAAAAUACCCUCUAAAAUCGUCAUUAAAAAAAUGUGUAAAUAGUUUUAUUUAAUUCAUUAAAAUUAUCGAAACUAGUAUAUCUUAACAUCGUCUCAAUUAAAAUAGAACGGGAACUUACAAAUAACUAUGUCUAGACCCAGGUUAGAUUCCUAGCUAGUCCAAACAGUAUAAUAAGUGUAAAUAACCCCUUAACCCCGCCAUAUAGAAUCACAUUUGUUACUAGUCGAUACAUUUUAAAUGUGCAAAAAUAAAAAAAUAAUAAUAAUAAAAAUUUAUUUUUCGAUAUACGUCCGAAAGGACAGACAAAAGUAUUAUUGGAACUUAUUUUAGUUAAGUCGGUUACACUGUUGAUUGUUUGAACAAAAACAUUUUUUUCACAUACAACUUUACUUACUAAACUUUGUUUAUUUUUUGAGUCUUAAGAAAAACUGUAAUUUCAAAUAUAAAAAAUACAACAAAACUUAACUCCUUCGACGAAUUCGCAUGAACGUAGCCAGCGAGGUAAUUUAGGGAGUCCCCCCCUCCCCCUCCCUUUUUUGUGGGUUUGUUUCCCAAUAACUCAGGAUUUUCAACUGAUUGACAUAUUGCUUUGCUCCCAUUUUAGAGUUUAGAUAAGUGCCUGUGACCCUUUUAUAGAAAAUGAUUAUAAUUCAUUUUUAUUUCGCCUACAAUUCUAUAAAGGACUCCUCAAAUUCCUUUGCUUUAAUCUGAUUUGCAGGGGUUAUUUCAUUUUAUUGAAACCCUCCCAAAUCUAAAGUCUGACUAAGUCUUGACUUCGAAUAAUUAAAAAUCAAAUAUGUAUACAAAUGGAAACAAUCAAUGGUGUUAGUUAUAAGUCUUAUUGUACUUUCAAGUAGGUGAUACGUUUAGUAAGAACAAAUACUCCACUACAAGCAAUAUUAUAUAUGCAUUGUGAAAUAAUUUAGUUUUAAAUCAUAAAAAAAUCGUGUUUUUUUGAAAUGAAUGAUGUUCUAUAUGAAAAACCAUUAUGAGUUAAAAAAUAGAAAGACACUUUUCUAUGUGCGUCCACAUAAGAAGCAAAAAAUUAUGUUAUGAAAUAUAUAUUUUUUAUAUUUCAUAAUUUAUAAUUUGCAUAUUGUUUUAAAAGCGAAUGAAUAAAAUCUUUUAACUUCCUUUCAUAAGGAAUAUUUAAAAUUAAAUAUAAAUAUUUUUAUAGACGUACAAAAAAAUUUUUAUAUUAUAUUUUUAUUAAUAUCGUUUUUAUGAUACAUAGUACAUACCCUUAUUUAAAAAUAAAUAUUUCUAUUCUGUUACAACCAGUCAUUUACAUUCAUACAAAAGUAUAUAUUUGCAUUUAGUUGUAGUACAAACGCCACCAUAUUGUGAUAUUAUUUUUCUAGUAUCAGACUGAUUGCACUCAAAUAAAACGUCACUUACUGAAAAGCAAGCAAUCUUUGUAUGUCACUGUAAAAUUAUAAAUACCGUUAGUUUACAACCUCGCAGAAAUCUAUAAGAGAUUCAAUCUCAAUUCAAACAUUUAUUUAUUUAAUUAAAAUUGUUAAAGAAACACUUUUGCAAUAACAUAGUAAUAAAAUUUACUACAACAUGGAUAAAAGUUUUAUGAUAAUGAUUAUCUGUGGAAAACUUUUUAUCAAAAAAAUACGCAGAAAUAAGACUCCAUCGACUCUGCAGCCUGACGGACUUUUGGGAGAGGAAAUACUCACCAAAAUAUUACUGCGACAUUCUCUUACUUUAUUCUAACGAAAAAGCGUUAAAGUGCAAGAUAAAAUAAUAGAAAGUAAUCUAACGGUUUAUACAAUCUUACCGCGACAUUGAUAUUUUUUUUAACAUGAUUCAUUAUAUCUUGUUUGUGAUUUAUUUUUUAGCUUUUAAGGUAACGAUAAUACAUAAAUAUGAAACGUGUUUUCCUUUUUAUUUAAUGCAUGGUAAUGUUAAUGCUGUUAUGAUUUGAAUUAUUUAGUUCUGUUCAAAAAUGUAUUAAAACAGAUAAAAAAAUUGUACUUCAUAGAUUAUCGUGACGAUAUUUGCGUUUAGUUAUUUUAGCGUUGUUUUUGUGUAAGUGAUAAUUAUAUAAAUUUUGAACUUGUGAUAAAUAUGGCCAUUUGUAUAGUAUUGUAUCCUGUAACAUGUUAUUAAUAAAAUGUUUAUUGAA